AAUUUCUUCAACCAUAAAUUUUAAUAUUUUAUAAAUCGUUUUUAAUCAACACUUCUUAAUAAUCAUCAAUGUAUGCUUUUAGUCGAAAAUUAUUGAAUUUUGUAUCUUUAGUACAAAUAAGCAAUAUAUCAAAGUGUAGUUAUCGAACAAGCAGUUAUAACUUUACAAGAAUUUCAAGUCCUAGUUUCAAAAUGUCCGAGGUGGAAAAAUCUUCAAUUGCUUCACCUGGUGGUGAUACAAUUUUUGGUAAAAUUCUUAGGAAGGAAAUACCGUGCGAUUUCAUAUACGAAGACGAUCGAUGUGUUGCAUUUCAUGACAUCAAUGCUCAAGCGCCUGUUCAUUUUUUGGUGAUACCAAGGAAACCGAUCGAAAUGUUAUCUGUCGCUGACAGUUCAGAUGAAACGUUACUUGGACACUUAAUGUUGGUUGCAAGCAAAUUAGCAAAAGAACAAGGAUUGAAUGAUGGUUUUCGUUUAGUAGUUAAUAAUGGAAAAGAUGGCGCUCAGUCAGUUUAUCAUUUACAUUUACAUGUCCUUGGUGGUCGCCAACUAGGAUGGCCACCUGGUUAAUUAUUUUUAUUAUUCUAUCUAAUAUUUUUUUAAUCAUCAAUAUGUUCAUGCAAAUUACAUGAUUUGAUAAAAUAUAAUUUACAUUAUUGCAAUUGAAUUUGGUCAAUUAUAAUAAUUUUGUUGCAUUCUUAAAAAUUCAAUAAAAGAUAAAUAUUUAAAUAAUAA